GUCACUGCUGAUCUCACGACGAACCAUGUUGCAUUGGAAUAGCAAUCUUUGUGCUUUGGCUGUGCUGCUCGUCCUUUUUGGCUGCACAACUGGUGUAUCUGGUAGCUAUCGUCUGCCUACUAGAGUCCAGCUGGUUUGCUGUGAGGAAGUGUCCAAAAUGCCUAUCCCGCGUAACAUAGAGCUGAUUGGAUACAAGCACCAGAGUGCAUUGGCACCUUGUGUUGAAGCAAUUAUAUUUUACUCAAAGACGGAAAAAUUCUGCUCUGACCCCACCGCCCGCUGGAUCCGAAAGAGACAAAAAGAUCUGGAAGAGUACAAAAACUGAAAAUGGCAAACCAGUCCAAAGGAUUUCUUGUUCAUCUUUCUUUUAUAUUUGAUCCAUAAUACAUACUUCUGCAUACUUAUAUAUACUUACUUAUAAUAUAUACUUAUGAAUGCAUUACACGUAGCCAGCAGUGAGUUAUUGUUAGUACACUUUAAUACCCCUGUUUAUACCACUGUUUAUAUAUAAUCUCAGUGUGUAAUCUCAUUAUGACUGUAAGCACUGCUGUUCUUAAGCAAUAAAGUACCAUUACUCUG